AAUUGGUACUUGAGAACACUUGAGAUGAAACUUAAUAAUAAAGUGAGCAGGAAGUGAUUUAUAUACUGUGGUUUUGAUGUGCUAAGUGUUCGAUGGAUUGAUCUUAUGAAAGUGAUAGGUAAAGAAUGGAAUCAAACCAAUCACAGAAAAUCAGACAGGAUGAAUUAAAUACAUACGUGUUUGUGAAAGUCGCCAUAUAUAUGUGGUAUGAGAAAAUAGUGUAAACAUUUGAAAAAUGUGAAAAGUGGAAUUUAAAGAGAAGUUUCUUAAUGAGAAAGGGGGAUUUUAUAUGGCUUUACAAUUUAAAGCAUGUCAGCCUCAGAGAAAAUUCAGCGAAAUAAAAAGUCAGUUGGGUUUGAAGAUGGGACUAGAACAUCGUUCCGCGAAGCCCGCAGUCAAAGUCGAGGUCGAGCUCGAGACAGGCGGGCAAAGUCGAUGGAUGUUCGGGCAUCAAAGGAUGGGGGUAAAGAUGAGUUACCAAAGAAACGAGACCGGUCAUUGAUCGGACUGGUGCGCCAAGGUUCUCGUAAAUCUGUAACCAGUCUUGUGAAAUUGUUUGAAGCAGGAAAGAGUUUGUAUAUGACAGAGGGGAGAAAAUGUCAGAUCCUGUUACCCGAUGAGCGCCGUCUUGACUUCCUGAUACAGCCCAAACUGCUGACAUACGAGCUGCUUGAUAUUGUAUCAUCACAUUUCAAACUUAAAGAAAAAGAAUACUUCGGACUUGCAUUCCAAGAUGAAACGGGCCAUUACAACUGGUUACAGCAGGAAAAGAAAAUCCUGGACCAUGAUCUGCCUCGCAAACAGGGCACCAACCUAGUCAUUGCAUUCCUUGUCAGGUACUAUGUUGACAGUAUAAUCCAGCUGCGGGACACUGCCACCGUGGAACUCUUCUACCUCUGUGCCAAACAACAAGUGUUCAAGGGGGUGAUUGAAUGUGACAGUGAGACGGUGUUUGAGUUGGCCGCCCAUGUUCUACAAGCUACAAUCGGGGACUAUACCGACGAGGAGACUACGAAAGCUGACCUGAAGCGGUUGCCCCUGGUAACAACAAGUGCCCUUAAAGAACAUCUAUCCAUACAGUUCUGUGAGGAGCGAGUUAUCGACUACUACAAAAAGAUCGGAGGAACAGCACGAGGGCUAGCCAUUGUAAAUUACAUGACAAUCAUAGAAAGUCUUCCAACAUAUGGCAUACACUACUUUGAAGUAAAAGAUAAAAAAGACAUACCUUGGUGGCUCGGAAUCAGUAACAAGGGCAUUGGUGUCUUUGACAAGCAGGAUAAAAAUGUGCCAAGGCGGUUGUUUGUGUGGAAAACAUUAGAGAACCUGUAUUAUCGGGAACGAAAGUUUUCCAUUGAAGUGCACGACCCCAAACGUGUGGUUCACACGUUGAGCAGUUUCAACUUGUACGAGGAUGCCAUACGAGAACCGUUGGAUGAGACGGACGAGCUUUCUGAAGCCAUUUCUGACCCAACCACACAGGUCUCAGUCAGUAGACGAACAUUCGGUCCAGGAAACGUGAAUGUCCACGCAUGGUUCGGAGCGACGCCUCAGCUGACAAAAUGUAUCUGGUCAAUGGCCGUAGCCCAGCACCAAUUCUACCACGAGCGAAAAGCAAGCAAGGCAAACCUUCCAUCAGUUCGGAGCGCCAGUGAGCUUGCGUCGGCUCUCUCAACCAGCACAUCGUCACUGACGGGAUCUCUCGGAUCAGACAUAAGUCGCAGCGGCAGUUCAGCCAGUCUACCAAGCCUCGGGGCCUCAACAUUUAACUUGAACUUUGAUCCUGCUGAGACUAGCAAGGUCCAGCGGGAGAUGUACACGGCGAUGAAGGCUCGCCGCGAGGCCCUGGAAGAGAUUCUGAAGAAGCGUACGGAGGACCUCAAACUACUAUGUAUCAAAGAGGGGGAGUUGACAGGUGUGUUGCCACCAGAGACACCACUAGCCCCUGGGGAGGAGCCCCCGCAGAUCCGUCGGCGUGUCGGCACCGCAUUCUCCCUCCACUCAAACAUCAUGGGCAACAAGGAUGAGUCGGAGGACAUGAGCCAGACACUUGAGCUUGAGUUAGAGCUACAGAAGCAGAUCACGAGCGCCGCGCACAAGCUUGCCUCCGACAAGUCAGUGUCACGAUUUGUACGCAAGCAGCGACGUCACUCCUUCAUCAAAGCCCAGAAUAAGUUGAAAGAGAUGGAGAAGAAGUUGAGUGAGUACCGGAAGGGAAGCGUUCCAUCCUCUCCGGCAACGUCGGGGAAGUUUGAUGCGAAAAGUGUAAAGAGUCUGGAAAUGACAGACAGUGAUUCGGAUGUUAUCUCCCCUGCUCAAUCUCCACUGAUACCACGAGGGGCCCGUAGUAACUACAAACAGCACGAGGACCGUGUGGGUGUGAAGGAGCCAUCAACUCUUCAACGUUCCAACACCGCACCCAAGUAUGUGGAGCGGGAGAUCGCCUCCAUGACCCUGCCUGGGGCACACGGCAGUCCCAGUCUAGAUGACUUUUACAAGCCAAAUGCCGUCUACUCAAAUCAAUACCGCAAUCAGACAUACCCAACUUUGGCAUCACGGCAACCGUCCAGCACCAGUAGCCAUGGGGACCAGGAAGUCAAGGGGUCAAAGUCUGGGCCCCUUCCUGGGAGUCAUGAACGAUUAGAGGCUGGCUUGGAGGGGUCACGGGACAGUGGGUUUAGUUCUACAAAUAACAUGUACAAUGUAAUAUCUAGGCGGACUUCUCGUUACCAGAGUAACCAGGAUCUUGUGACGCCCAGUGAUCCCACUGGUGAUCCGUUAGAUAGUGUGUUUGAGAACAAACUACAUCUACAGGUGAAGCAUGGUAGUCUGGAAAAUAACCUAAAAAAUUACGGGAGUUUAGAACGGCAUUCAAAAAAACGGCCUACAUAUGAAAGGAAAUUAAGUGAUACGGGCACGGAAAGUGAAGCUUCUACAGUAACGUCAGCAAAGUUUGGUAAACGGACAUCUAGAUCUGAGUUUGAUCUCUCCUCACAAGGACGAGACAGGGAUAACCCUAGUGCCAGUAGUUCAAAAGAGACGGAUUUUCCACUUGCUAAAAAUAGGACUCAUAAUAAAUACACUGGAAGUAGUUCGCAACCCUUUCCGAUAAAUAGGGCUGAUCGUUAUAACUCGGAUGCUUGGCGUGAUUCGACCUCUUCGAGUGGUAGAAUGAUUGAGUUGCCUGUGAAACAUGAAUCAGCAAAUCCGAAUCAGAUACUAAACCAUGAUACGUAUGCUCAGUCUGGCUGGAAUGAUUCAGCCUCGACAGAACCUUCGCCUAUUGUUCAAAGUCCAACAAAACGGUUAUUUCCCCCUGAGUCUUAUGGCUCAAGUGGGGCAGGUGAUUCAACUUCAGGCCAGUGUUAUAGUCCAAGAGUUUAUGAGGGUCAUAGGGGGCAGCAUCCUCCCCCUAAAUCUCACAGUGAUUUUAGUGUUAAUAUACGAUAUGCAGGAGAAUCCUCCCAUGGGAUGCCUCAGCCAAUUUCAAGUAAAAUUGUGACUGUUAAAAUGUCCCCUCAUGUAGAAGUGUCAAAACCAUUUGAGAUGAAGGACUUUUAUAAAUAUAGCGAAAAGCUACGUCGACAAAGACUUGUAGAACAGUAUCACCAUGCUCUGGUAGGCUCGAGUAGGGCAAGUUCACCAUCGCAAAUGUCAGAAAGUGACAAUCAUUCCAAUCUCCAGUACCCAUCACAUGGGGCAAGAUACGGGCCUCAGACCCCUUCAGGGGCCCACCAUCCAGCAUACAGGGGCCAAAGCGGGGCUGGGUCAAAUUCACCUUUUGGGUCCCCUCUUUCAUCCCGUCACAUGGUCAGCAACUAUCCAUACCCAUCAUCACAUUCAGGUAGCACCUCACAGUUUGACAAUCCAAGUGGCCAGUCGAAUCAAAUCAGUUCCCUAUCAUCAUCAUCAUCAACAACAGCAACAACGUACGGCGUCAGCACCACAACCUCACGGGUUCAAUACACGGUACAGUCUCCAGGAGGCCGCGUUUUGUACAAAGCGCAACACCAGUCCAGCAAACAAACGCACUACCAACCUCCUACGUCCAUGAAAUGUGAACCAGUCCGCGUUUCACACGGCACACCCACACAUCGAGGCAGCCAUGAGGCCCCAGCUACAACAGGGCAAAGAACCCCGGCGAGGACCGGCCAUCACCAGCGUCAGUAUUCAACCCCCGAGAGGACUCCAGGAUCCCCCGUGAACCCCCUCAAUGUGACCAUGAGUAGUUUCCACCUGUCCCCUGCAGGGAGCCUCUCCAAGGCCUUCAGUAAUGAGAUGCUCGAGUGGUACGAGGGUGAGGGGAAUCCAACAUCCGUCUGAGAUUAGCCAUCAUCCGUCUGAGACAGGUACAGGAAUUUCAAUGCAGUUUUUGACCAGACAAUCGGACCUCGUUAUCCAUAUAUACGAGAUUAACCAUCACACCAGUUCUACAGCAGAGCUACAGAGACAGGGUCAUCAUACGAGUUACUGUUAUUAGUUGCAAGGACAAUAAUGACCACAUACACACACACAAAAUGGGAGGGACUUUACAGUAGUAUCUUCAUUCUUGCAGUCAUAAAUGGUGAUAAAAUAGAUUGUUGUAACAUUCUUGAAAGGGGAAUCUUAUAGAGUGUCAUAAAUGCAUGUUGAAAUUAAAAGAAGUGACUAGAACAUUAAAAGUUUGAGCUCGUUGAGUAAACAAUUGACAUUCAAUCUACACCUCCAUCUCAUGUUUAUUUCACAAAGUUUAUAAAGAAGGGCUAAUAUUGCUUGAAUUUCAACAAAUAAACAACACUGGAUUGAAGGCACUGCCACUGGUAAUAAAUGUGUGAACGACCUUUUUGUGGACACCAAAUCGCCGCUUUGUAGGGUGAAUAAUGGUUGUAUUGUUAGUAUGCCUGUAUUGUUUGUAAAACUUGAAUCUUGCUCGAACAUGAGAUAAAACAUUCUGUGAUACAUAAAGGUUUUUAACACAAAACAUUAAUUUUACUUGUACAGAAUCUGAAACAUGUAUUAAUAUAUGUGUCAUUUUUACUUCAAUUACAUUUUAAAUGCGUAAGUUCCUUUUAGCUUAAAAUGAUUGUAACACAUGCCGUAAUAACUUUACCCUAUUUAACCAACUCCACAGUUAUCAAUGCAACUGUUUUUUUCACAGUCAGAUUUCAUUAAAACUUUUACAUAUAUACCAGGAACUCUCUUGUACGCUUAUGAGCCUAUAUUUCUGCUUGAAAUCGGCUUCUGUCAAAAGUCAGUUGUUUUUAUGAAUAUUUACAACUUACAUUAUUUAUUUUUGUUGAGUGUUAAUUUCUUCUAACAUCUUCAGAUAUUUCAUCUUUGUGUUUUCAUAUGCCAUUUGAAAAGGCCAGUUGAUUUGCAAUACAUUGAAAAAAGAGAUACAUUACAUGACUCAAACAUAACAUAACAUUAACUAGAAGAGAUUAGAUAUUUAUUUUUUUUGCAAUAUUUCAUUUUUUCCCUAAUGAACGGGUGAAGGUUUUAAGAAGCAUUAUACCUAAGCAAAUAGACUCUUUAUGCUUUUUGAUCAUCAACUUCUAUUAACAGAUACAAUUUAUCCUGAACAUUUCAGUAUUCAGAAAUGUAUUUAUCAAAUUGUGCAAUGUUGAUUGUCAUUAUUUUUUAAAAUAUCAACAUCAUACUUUAUACAUGUGUCUACAUGAUCACAGCGUAAACCCUGCGAGGCAAAUUUCACUCUCUUUAAUUGCCCUAUUUUGAAAAUUACAUUUAUCUAUUAGAUUCCUAAAAGAUCUGAAGGUCUUUUCCUAACUGAAGGUUUAUUCCUAACUAAAGGCCUUUUGCUAACUUAUGGCAUUUUCCUAACUGAAGGCCUUUUGCUAACUUACGGCAUUUUCUUAACUGAAGGCCUUUUGAUAACUUACGGCAUUUUCCUAACUGAAGGCCUUUUGCUAACUUACGGCAUUUUCCUAACUGAAGGCCUUUUGCUAACUUACGGCAUUUUCCUAACUGAAGGCCUUUUGCUAACUUAGGCAUUUUCCUAACUGAAGGCCUUUUGCUAACUUAAGUGUCUCACAAUAUGUCUGUAGGUCAUAUCAUAUGAUGGGUUGAUACUGUGAAACAUCUUUAAUAUUCAAAUCAUAUACUGGUAAUACUUUACUAAAAUUUAUACUUUUUGGUAAAAAUACAAUUAAUUUUAAUAUCUAUUAAUUCGACUGAAUGCAAAUUUUUAUGAAGUUAGGAAAUUCUUUAAGAUGUUUUAUGAACAACUUUUAUUGGUGCCAAAUAACAGGACUGAUUUGCAAAAAUGUAAUUAUUGGGAAAAAUGAGCUUUUGACAAAAAUGUUUUACAAUAAUUAUAUUAAUUCAGGGAGGAACAGUGAAUUCGUUUUCCAUUUCUAGGAGGUUUGACGCCCAAAAUUCAAAUUUGCUUCACUUUUUAAAUUAAUGACAAUUGCAAAAUAUUUUUAUUUUUCUCAGAUAGUCUGUUAUAUAGACUAUAUGUUAAUUUAUUAUGUUACUGCAGUAGGUUGUGUUUGGAAAUGACGACCAAAAAUGUUCAUCUGUUCUUUUCUUGUCAAUAUUAUAAUUAAUAUGUGUAGAUUUAACAAAUAUUAUAUGCUAGUCUGAACAUUUAACUUAUCCUGCAUCAUACUUACAUUCAGCUAACAUUUAUAAUGUGUAGUAAGUUAUUUUGAUUUGUUUUACAUUCGACCUUCAUUUUGGUACAUGUAUUUCUCUCAUGUUUCCUUAUUAUAACUUGUUCAUCUUGUAAAGAAGAUAUUUUUGAAGGCAAUGUAGCUAUUGAUUUUGAUUUGAAUGAAUUAAAUGUCAUGCUAUGACAAUGAAUAAAUUGAUAAAAACAUUA